ACCACACUGUUUUGACGAUGGGUAUUUCCCUUGCGAGUUGGCUUCCCCUUCCUCCUUCCCCGGAAAGGACAGCCCACUUCUUUGACAUCCAUGGCGCGGCCCCAGCCAGUUUUAUCCAUGGGCUCAGCCUUCUUCGCGCGUUGCGUUGGGGGAUUAUUCCUGUCGGCAUUCCGAUUAGCCCAGUGAUGUUAACCUUCCGGCCAUUCUCCCUGAACGAGUCCUCGCUAUCUUGAAAAACAUUUAAUGCAGCUUCCUCCCUCGCCCAUUUUGCAUUUGCCAGUGGAUGAAAUUCAGCGCUCCAUCUUUGUCCCUGUCUUCCACCACCUGCUAUAUAAAGAGCUCCGUUGGGACGCACCAAAACCAUCAGCUCCCUCCUCUUCUCUUCUCAGCUCUCUUAGCUCGCAACACAUUCCCUCUCCCUCACUCACUCUCGUGCCCAGCGCGUGCGUGAGUGCGUGGCGCCCCCAGUUUCAAACCUACACAGAAAAGCGCGCGGCGCCAAAGCCAAGUGGCAGGAUGGUGAGCAUGGUCGCCGACGAGAAGGCGCAGCCGCAGCUGCUGUCGAAGAAGGCCGCGUGCAACAGCCAUGGCCAGGACUCGUCCUACUUCCUGGGGUGGGAGGAGUAUGAGAAGAACCCCUACGAUCCCGUGGCCAACCCGGGCGGCAUCAUCCAGAUGGGCCUCGCCGAGAACCAGCUCUCGUUCGACCUGAUCGAGGAGUGGCUGGAGGCCAACCCGGACGCGCUCGGGCUCCGCCGCGGCGGCGCCUCCGUCUUCCGGGAGCUCGCGCUCUUCCAGGACUACCACGGCAUGCCGGCCUUCAAGAAUGCAUUGGCGAGGUUCAUGUCCGAGCAGCGGGGCUACCGGGUGGCCUUCGACCCCAGCAACAUCGUGCUCACCGCCGGCGCCACCUCGGCCAACGAGGCGCUCGUGUUCUGCCUCGCCGACCACGGAGACGCCUUUCUCAUCCCCACGCCAUACUACCCAGGAUUCGACCGCGACCUCAAGUGGCGCACCGGCGCCGAGAUCGUCCCCGUGCACUGCACGAGCGCCAACGGCUUCCGGGUGACGCGCGCCGCGCUGGACGACGCGUACCGCCGCGCCCAGAAGCGGCGGCUGCGCGUCAAGGGCGUGCUCAUCACCAACCCCUCCAACCCGCUGGGCACCACGUCCCCGCGCGCCGACCUCGAGCUGCUCGUCGACUUCGUGGCCGCCAAGGGCAUCCACCUCGUCAGUGACGAGAUUUACUCCGGCACGGCCUUCGCCGAGCCGGGCUUCGUCAGCGUCCUCGAGGUCGUGGCGGCGCGCGCGGACGCGGCGGACGGCCUGUCUGAGCGCGUCCACGUCGUGUACAGCCUGUCCAAGGACCUGGGCCUCCCGGGCUUCCGCGUCGGCGCCAUCUACUCCUCCAACGCCGCCGUCGUCUCCGCCGCCACCAAGAUGUCCAGCUUCGGGCUCGUCUCCUCCCAGACGCAGCACCUCCUCGCCUCCCUCCUCGGCGACCGUGACUUCACCCGCCGGUACAUCGCCGAGAACACGCGGCGGAUCAAGGAGCGCCGGGACCAGCUCGCCGAGGGCCUGCGCGCGAUCGGCAUUGAGUGCCUGGAGAGCAACGCGGGGCUCUUCUGCUGGGUGCGGAUGGGCAGCCUGAUGCGGGCCCAGUCGUUCGAGGGCGAGAUGGAGCUGUGGAAGAAGGUGGUGUUCGAGGUCGGGCUCAACAUCUCCCCGGGCUCCUCCUGCCACUGCCGCGAGCCCGGGUGGUUCCGCGUCUGCUUCGCCAACAUGUCCGCCAAGACCCUCGACGUCGCCCUCCAGCGCCUCGCCGACUUCGCCGAGGCCAACGGCAGCAAGGGCGGCGCCCCCACGCGCCGCGCCCUCGCCGGCGGCCCCGCCAGGACCAUGAGCUGCCCCGUCGUCCGCUUCAGCUGGGCCAACCGCCUCACCCCGGGCUCCGCCGACCGGAAGGCCGAGCGGUAGCCGGCCGGCCGGCGACCGAGCCACCACCACCACCGCCACCGCGCGCUCGAUCAUCAGCUAGUGGAUCGGAGCACUACUGUUCAUAAACCACGGCGGCGCCCACGUACCAUACCACUCGACCGGCGGCGGCGCUGCAGCAUCAUCGUUCGUUAGUAGUAGGCGAUUAGUAGCAGUAAUUAUUCCUUAUUAUUGGGUUCGUGUUAUUCUGUGGGAUUAUUUUUCCUUGAGCACCGAGGUGCCCGAGGGCCACUACACUUCUAGUUCUUGGAGUAUUAGGUAGGAUCAGCGAUCGAUCCAUGCCCAUGCAUCGCAUCGUGUAUUUUUUUACCGGGAGUCCCUCGGGAUGUUCCGGUUUGUAUUGGUUGUAUGUAUGCACGCAGCAGUCACUGUACCAUUAUUACGAAGACGAUUAUAUUCUACUCUCAUAUUUUUGUUCAGUAAA